AUGGCUGACACUUUCCCUCCUACACUAGCCAUGGAACACGACACUCUCCCUACACUAGCCAUGGAACACGACACUCUCCCUACACUAGCCAUGGAACACGACACUCUCCCUCCUACACUAGCUAUGGAACACGACACUCUCCCUACACUAGCCAUGGAACACGACACUCUCCCUCCUACACUAGCUAUGGAACACGACACUCUCCCUCCUACACUAGCCAUGGAACACGACACUCUCCCUCCUACACUAGCCAUGGAACACGACACUCUCCCUCCUACACUAGCCAUGGAACACGACACUCUCCCUCCUACACUAGCCAUGGAACACGACACUCUCCCUCCUACACUAGCCAUGGAACACGGCACACACCCUCCUACACUAGCCAUGGAACACGACACUCUCCCUCCUACACUAGCCAUGGAACACGACACUCUCCCUCCUACACUAGCCAUGGAACACGACACACCCCCUCCUACACUAGCCAUGGAACACGACACUCUCCCUCCUACACUAGCCAUGGAACACGACACUCUCCCUCCUACACUAGCUAUGGAACACGACACUCUACCUCCUACACUAGCCAUGGAACACGACACUCUCCCUCCUACACUAGCCAUGGAACACGACACUCUCCCUCCUACACUAGCCAUGGAACACGGCACACACCCUCCUACACUAGCCAUGGAACACGACACUCUCCCUCCUACACUAGCCAUGGAACACGACACUCUCCCUCCUACACUAGCCAUGGAACACGACACUCUACCUCCUACACUAGCCAUGGAACACAGAACACACCCUCCUACACUAGCCAUGGAACACGACACUCUACCUCCUACACUAGCCAUGGAACACGACACUCUACCUCCUACACUAGCCAUGGAACACGGCACACACCCUCCUACACUAGCCAUGGAACACGACACUCUACCUCCUACACUAGCCAUGGAACACGACACUCUCCCUCCUACACUAGCCAUGGAACACGACACUCUCCCUCCUACACUAGCUAUGGAACACGACACUCUCCCUCCUACACUAGCCAUGGAACACGACACUCUCCCUCCUACACUAGCUAUGGAACACGACACUCUCCCUCCUACACUAGCCAUGGAACACGACGCUCUACCUCCUACACUAGCCAUGGAACACGACACUCUCCCUCCUACACUAGCUAUGGAACACGACACUCUCCCUCCUACACUAGCCAUGGAACACGACACUCUACCUCCGACACUAGCCGUGGAACACGACACUCUCCCUCCUACACUAGCCAUGGAACACGACACUCUACCUCCUACACUAGCCAUGGAACACGACACUCUACCUCCUACACUAGCCAUGGAACACGACACUCUCCCUCCUACACUAGCUAUGGAACACGACACUCUACCUCCUACACUAGCCAUGGAACACGAUACUCUACCUCCUACACUAGCCAUGGAACACGACACACACCCUCCUACACUAGCCAUGGAACACGACACUCUCCCUACACUAGCUAUGGAACACGACAUUCUCCCUACACUAGCCAUGGAACACGACACUCUCCCUACACAAGCUAUGGAACACGAUACUCUCCCUACACUAGCCAUGGAACACGACACUCUCCCAACUACACAACCCAUUGAACACGACACUCUCUACACUAGCUAUGAAACACGACACUCUCCCUCCUAUACUAGCCAUGGAAUACGACACUCUCCCUCCUAUACUAGCCAUGGAACACGACACUCUCCCUACACUAGCUAUGGAACACGACACUCUCCCUACACUAGCUAUGGAACACGACACUCUCCCUCCUAG